CUGGAGCACACCGUCGUCCCCAGAUCGAGGCUGACCGACCAUGCGCCCAUUCUCCUCGCUCAGACUGCUUUCUCGUCGGAAUGUUUCCCUCAACCUUUCUCGAACCGCAGGACAACGUCGACACGCCUCGUUCUACAACACCGACAUCGCUGGGUUGACGGAGGAACAAGAUGAGUUUCGAAAUGCGGUGGAAGAGUUUGCGCAGCGAGAAGUUGCUCCGAGGGCGGCUGACAUUGACCGGAGUAACAACUUCCCCUCGGAUCUCUGGGAGAAAUUAGGAUCCAUGGGACUUCUUGGGGUGACCGUUUCAGAGGAAUACGGAGGCCUUGCCUCAGGAUAUCUCCAGCAUACGCUAGCUAUGGAGUCGCUGUCCCGAGCGUCAGGAUCGGUCGCCCUUUCCUAUGGCGCACAUUCGAACCUUUGUGUCAAUCAGAUACACAGGCACGGUACGAAGGAGCAAAAGGCGAAAUAUCUGCCGGAUCUUGUCAGUGGCAAGAAAGUAGGGGCGUUGGCUAUGAGCGAGCCGGGAAGCGGAAGCGAUGUCGUGAGCAUGAAGCUCAGAGCAGACAAGGUGGAGGGAGGCUGGAGACUUAACGGCAAUAAAUUCUGGAUUACCAAUGGACCUUCUGCGUCAACUCUAGUAGUCUACGCGAAGUCCUCCCCGGAAAAGGCGUCGAAGGGUAUAACGGCCUUCAUUAUUGAAAAGGGGUUCCCAGGGUUCUCUACGCACCAGAAGCUUGACAAAUUCGGAAUGAGGGGCAGUGAUACCUGCGAACUCGUCUUCGAGAAUUGCGAAGUUCCUGACGAGAAUGUCCUUGGUCAAGUUGAUCGCGGCGCGGCUGUUCUCAUGUCAGGACUUGAUCUAGAGCGGCUUGUUCUCAGCGGUGGGCCCCUUGGCCUCAUGCAAUCUGCCUUCGACUAUGCCGUUGAAUACGUCCAUGAACGCAAGCAAUUCGGACAACCGGUAGGCACCUUCCAAUUAAUGCAAGCCAAGAUCGCAGAUAUGUAUACCAAGUUGAAUGCAAGUCGUUCUUAUGUCUAUGCAGUAGCACGUGCAUGUGACAAUGGCAAGAUCAGCCGGAGAGACUGCGCGGGUGCUAUCUUGUACUCGACCGAGAAGGCCGUGGAGGUCGCCUUAGAAGGUAUGCAAUGCCUUGGAGGAAACGGGUACAUCAAUGAUUACCCUAUGGGUCGUAUACUGCGGGAUUCUCGUCUGUAUACUGUCGGCGCCGGGACACAAGAGAUUAGGCGCAUGCUAAUCGGUAGGGAGUUCAACCAAGAGCUGCGAUGAGGUAGCAGAUACUGUACAUUGAAUCACAUAUAUGUGCGAGGGAUAUUAACUGAUGUCU